GUAGAAAACACUGGAUCGGCCUAAAAUAGUCUUAGGACAACAGGAUCUAUUCUCUGCUGCUGCUACUCAUUUGAUUGGAUCUGUUGAUUAAUGUUGCCUGAGAAAGUUAUUAUUCCAGCAGGACACUCCCUCCAAUUUACUAGUCUGUGCUAAACCGUAGGUUCUCAAAAUGUAACUCUCUGUAUCUUGUGGAGUUUAGGCGGUUCCUGUUCUUCAUCCAUAUCUUUGCAGAUCUCCCCUUUGGGAUUUGGGUGUUCUACUGAUUCGAAGGGUGAUUGGAGUGGGAAAGAAAUUAUAUGUUCUUGGCUUCUUGCAGAUCAAUUAUUCCUUGAUUAUGGACUAUACACAGGGUGCUGACCUUCAAUCUGUAAUUAUUGUAGUGAGUUAUAGAAGGAUCGGUCCAAGCUUUUUAGAACAGGAGAUUAGUUCCUCCGUGUAUGGAAUGGCUUCUCAUGGAUAAGCUUUGGAUCACUUGACAGUAGGCCCCAGUUGCAAUUCUGUUUCUUACUAAGGGUAUAAUUAGGCUUUGCCGCCUUCUUAGGCAUAAUCUGAAUUAGCAAUGAUUGCUCAGUUACUCAGCUAGUAUGUGGUGGAAGUUAUGUUGAACUGGAGAACCCUUUUCGAGUUUCAUUUCUGGGUGUUAAUCCCUGUUUUUGAAAGGAUAGGGUCAUGGUAUAUUGAUAUUUUCCUUCCAGUUUAGUAGGCUAAGAAGAAGCCCUCACUCCAACCUUAGGUUACUGCCUUAUUCCACAGCUUCACUGUCAACUGAGGAGUUUCAUGCUGGCCUUGAAGGCUGGUUAACAUGAUCUGCCUCAAGGUGAGUUCAUAUUGGAUCCUGCUGUGGGCACUGGGUGGUGAUUUUAAUUAACAAUAUCCCUCAAUGAGCUAGGACAACGAGGGUUCCAAUUUAAUGGUGGGUAACUCUUGUUUCCACGUACAACAUAUUCGGUUGUGUUCUUGCUCUGAGGGGUCAGCCUCUACUAUAGAUCCAAUAGAAAAACGAGUAGUGACAGCAUCCUGCAAGACUUGUGGGGGAAAACCACUGGUUGACGGGAGAGCGUCUCUAUCCGGUAGCAUGCUGAGCACCGGGUUACUGGAACUUACUAGUGUUAUCAAUCCUGAAUUGACUUGGAAGACAAUUUCAAAAGGUAACAGAAGUGCAUCAAGGCGGGCUAGAAAACCCAUUUCAAGAAACUAUAAAAGGAGUGGAGAUCUGUUUGAUAGGGAUCCAGAAAAAGUUGAGGAGAUGCCUGUUUCUGAAUCUGAGAAGCUUGGAGUAACUGUCCUUGGACGUCGGUUUAGUGACAAAGUGGAACAUAUACCAAUUAAGAAAAGGAGAUUUUUGUUUCGGUCGCCAUCACCCCCACCGCGGGCAUCUUCUCCACACCCAGACGAGGCUUGUCAACAUGCUUCAGGUCAGGAGUCUUCUCUGAAUGCAAUUGUGGGACAGAAAAUUGUGGCAACGGACACAGCUGUUCAGUUGGGUCAAGUCGUUGACACAGGUAUUGCUAGUGAUGGAAAAUACUUGAAAGAGAUAAACGGAAAUCUUGGUGAGAGUGAGGACUUCUCUGGUAUUUCAAUAUUGGCAGCCGCUGCCUGCAAUAACAGUAUGGACGGUAGCACUGAUAAUGAUGAGGAUGGUUCAGCCCUUGAAGUAUCUUCUGUGCAAGAAAGGUCCUAUGAUGUUAUGGUGAAUAAGGAAUCAUGUCUUGUGGUGAAGGAACCAUGCAGGGGCCUUGGUCUCAACUGUGCUCAAAUUUCAGAUGAAGGAACUGGCUCCUGUAUUUCAGUGAUGCAUGUGGAAGAAACGAUUGCCUCCUUGGUGACGGCCACAUCCUCCCCGGAAGAUAUGGCAUGUAAAACAAAUGCGGAGGCCACAGAGGCCCCCGACUAUAUGGAUAACCUUCUGUCUUCGAAGCAGAAGCUUCCAAGUGACGGGAAUGAAACAAGUUCAAGUAGAUAUGAUACUUCGCUGGAUGAUAGAUCACAGUGGGACCUGAAUACUGUUAUGGAUGCUUGGGAGAGUCCCUGUGGUGAUCAUGCUGUGGAUCCUCAAGAAGAUGGAACUGAUGAUAUCUUUGAUGGUGGAUGUAAUGAGAAGCCAGGUAAGUUGGAAGGUUGUGAGCAGCAAAGGGAACCUGCGGAUACGAAACUUGACCUUGCAAAUACAGUGUGGCCUGUGGUUGGCGGUGUCGUGGGUGAUGAACGUGAGGGUAUUUGUUGCCAUACAGACUCGAGAAGUUCGACUGUGGGGUGUGACAAAUCAAACAGAGACGACCAUAAAGUAGAUGCACAUGCCAGUGAAGGAAGAUGUGAAAGAUCCACUUGCUUCCAGGAAAAAGUUUCUUCAUCUGAAAUUAAUAGUGCUCCAAAUAUUUUGAUAGACCUCGAUGAUGGGUCAAGAUCUUUGCAUAAUCAGGAACGAACCAUAAAUGUUGGUGCUCAUCAGUUUGUUGACAAGGGCACCUGCAUAAAUCAUUCUUCCCUUCCUGUAGCUGAUAAGGGUAGUGAUACACCAGUUUCAGAGGAAAAUGGGCAUGCAGAUUCUGCGGGUUCUACUGGUAAGGAAACAGGAGAUGAUUAUCCUGCUGAGGCAGAAAGAGCUGAACAUAUUUGCUCAAGUCCUCAGUCUGUGAAGGAUUGCACUACUCUGUCUUAUGAAGCCAUUCCUGGAGACAUGUGUAGAAACGAAAAAGUUCGGACUGAAGAUGGGGAGGAUGCUGGCAGAACUUCGGGUUUGCAUGCUGAUGGGAGCUUCCCCAAUAAACCACAGAGCACUCACCUUGUGGCAUGUGAUCCUCUACAAUCUGGGCCUUCUGAUAGUGGCAUGGAUCGUGCUGUUUGUAGUUCAGAGAUAGUGCAUCAUUCCCCGUCAACUAACUGCGAAGUGUUGCCUGGUUCAGAGGCGUCUGCUGGAAGAGACGCCGGAAGUGGUGAACAUGCUGUUGGUGUGAGUUUGAAUGUACAAGAUGACAUAGAUUUUGUAGCUGAUGCUACUGUGGAUUCCCCAGAUCAGAUUGAAUCCGAAGAACUCACAUGUAAACCUUUGGCAGUGACUACAGGGACAGUGGAGGCACCAGGUGGCACCAGUUCUCAUGAGGUCUAUAGAAGCUGUGCUGAUGAUCUUAUAAAUAUAUCUGGUAAUGUUGCACCUGACGAUGAUCAUUUUGAUGAUGUUGAUUAUGGUUCAGAUGUUUCUCAAGAUGAUCCCCAAGGGAUGGAAAAGGAGAACGAACCUCAGGCAGAUUAUGAUUCUCAGUUUGAGGAUGGAGAGUUCAGGGAGUCUGUUCUACAUGGUUGGGAAGGGGAUGCAUAUGAGGAAGGGGAAGCUGAACAUGUUGACUAUGGAUCAGACAACAGAGAAGCAUAUGACUUUGAAGCUGCAGAAAAAACUGAUUGUCCUGGUUCCAUGUCUGUACAGGUUGAGGAACUGGCAGAAUACCAAGGGGGGAGAUCAACUGAGAUCAAUGGCAAAUCUGAAAGAGAUCAAGUUAUGGAGAAGAAUAUGCUUAAAAACAAUGUUUUGGAUGAAGGAUAUUGUGAGAAAAGGUUAGGGACUGUGAGCAGACACUUGAGGGGGCAGUUUGGUAAGAGAGAUGACUAUAGUACAUUUGAAAUGGAUUCUAGCACUGACAAUGAAUUCAGGGGAGGUGCUGCCAAGGUGAAUGCAGAUGAUGAGCUUUAUGCCAGUGGACAUACGGGGAAGGGCCCAAACCAAUCAGCAAGUUUGAGGAUGAAAUUUUCUGGAUGGGAUCAGUUACCUGAAGGCAGCAGAAGUUCUGUGGAUAAAAAAAUGGAAGCCAGAGAUGGUGACUCUAACAGGCUUCAUUCUGUUGCUCGUAUGGAUGGACCUGAUUCUGAGGAUUCUGCGGCAAGGAUGGCAACAACAGCUAGGCGGGAGUUGCAUUCCCGUAUUGAGAGGCCCACAUCUGAUGUUUUGUAUAGAAAAGAUAGAUUCAACAAGCUGGAUGAGUCAAAUCGUAGAGCUGAAAGGGGUGGAUCCUCUUUGCUGCAUAUGCAUGGCAGGGGACGGGGAGGUGAUCGUUGGGUUGAUUCUUCUCAUUGGGGUCCAGAACGUCAUCGUUCACCUGGUUUUGGGCACCCUGGGCCAAAGAAUGCUGCAGCAGCAGCUGCUGCCAAGAUCGAGAGCAGUGGUUUUGUUGUUGCUCCAGAUGGUACAGUGGUAAAAGCUGGUGGUUUGGGACGGCGUAGACAAUCUGUAAAUGCAUCUUUGGAAGGUGUGCGCCGCUCUCUUGUCCGAAGGGGAUCACCAUCAGAGAGGGAUGAGGCUCUUGGCAUGCACAUGGAUCUUGAUCUGGUGGGUGAGAUGAGCCCUGAUAGGAGCAUUGCUGUUGGAAGGGAUAGGUCUGGAAGAUUUGGUCCACGAGUAGUGGAUUCCGGCCUCAGGGAGAGAUAUCAUGGACCUGCCCCUGAUGAUUCUUCCUUACGCAUGCUACAUCCUUCAGUCACAAGAGAACGGAGCUAUUCUCCCAUUCAUAGAAGAGGGGCUGCCCAUAUAUCUCGAUCCCGUACGAAUUCCCCAUCAAGAUCUAGAACUCGUUCUCCCCAUGUUUGGCCUUCUCCAAGGGGAAGAAAUGGGUGUGGUAUCAGUAGUGGUCCAGUUUUUAGACAUCACAGUAGAAGUCCUCCAAAUUUCAGGUCUGAGGCUAGAAUGGACAGAGUGAGGUCACCUCAUCGGCGGCCAGGUUUUUUAGCAGAUCAUGUUGCAGGUUUUACCCCAACGUCCAGAAUCCGUGGUUCUCCACAACAUUCUUCCCGAUGGGUUGAGAAUAGGAAAGAUGCAGUUGAUCAUUUUAGGGAGCAUGGAUACAAGCAGCGACUACAGGAUUCAGAAAGGAGAGUGCCUGGAAGGAUUUUCCCACGAAGCCAUAGGUUUGAUCUGGUGGGUUCCACGGGGAGAUCAAAGCCGGAUGAGUAUUAUAGACCCAUCCAUCAUGGGAGGUUUAAUGAGAUGGUUGGAGCUGGAAGAGGGUCUAGGUAUGAUGAAAGUGAUGAUGAUAGAAGGAAACAUGGCCACAGAUAUGAGUUUGUCCAUCAUGUGAGGCGUUAUGAUACGAAUGGCCCUGUAAAGAGGUUCCGGUAUGAUGUGGAAGAUGGUUUUGCAGCUCAUGAGUCUCAUAAUAAGGAGCCAACAGAGUUUCAUAGUAGAGGGAGUCCCAAGACCUAUGACAGGGGUAUUGACAGCAGGCUGGGGGAUGCACCUAGGAGAUCUAGAGAAGAGAGAGGCCAUUUCAGAUAUGGUCGAGACUGGAAGUAUAAUUCCAACUCCAAGUCAUUUGGCAUGCGGUAAUAUGAAGAAGAUUGUGCUCCAAGGAGAUACCUUCAUGACCUUUGUACCCUUUGUUUUUUUUCUCUCUUUGGGUGCUUUGGUUGAUCGAUAAAGACAUAGUGAAUCUGGUGAAUUUUCCUCCUUUUGGUAGGGGGAAGCUUCACAAUCCUUUUCCUCAUCCAUAUUACAGUUCUUCUGGAACUAUAUUCACUAUGAUUUCAUUGGCAGAUGGCUGCUCAUACUUCUUUUUUCUCUUCAGUCCUUUGUAGAAGAUUUUUUAGACAUUUUUUCUUUUGGCAUAUUCUGAGUUAUGUAACCUCUGCAUGAGGCCACUGAAAUAUUAUCAAUCAAGUGAAAAUUCAAUUUA